AUGCAGCAACCCGGAACCUCCACAGGCGUAACCCGGAACCUCACCGAAGUCUUCGUCCUCCUCCGAAACAAUGCCCAACAAAAUAAAUACAUGUAUGGAGACACGAUCGGAAAGGCUGGGAGGAGCGAAGAGCGGAUGAGCCUUGUCGCGUUAGAAGAAGGUGGGGAGCAUCAGGAGCACGAGCAGCCAAUGUGGAUUCAUACCUCGGAUGAAGUUGAAUUCGAGUUUGAGCGAGUCCGUGGCAAGCUACAAGAACUCGAACAAAUCCAAAAGAAACACGUGUCGAGGCCGAAUUUUGGAGAUGAACGAUUUGAGGAAGAAGAAAAGAAGAUGGAAGAAAUGACGGAGCAGAUAACAUCUAUGCUAUCCCAUUGCCAUCGAUUGAUAGGGUUAAUAAGCACCCAAUCUGUACUUCGCGAAUCUGUCGGCGAGAAGCGACUACGAGAGAAUGCCAUAGCUGCUCUACUCUUGACCUUAAGCCAGAUUACAAAUGGAUUCAGGAGUCGACAAACGGCAUAUCUUAAAAGUAUUAAAUCAAGAUCGAAUAAUCUGGAUUCUUACCUCGUUACCAGUGGCCAAAGUGAUGAACCAUCUUGGGAUCAGCUUGUAGAUUUGACGCCCUCAAAGGAAUAUAGUAUGGUCCAACUUCAAGAAAUCAUGUCAAACGAAAUGGAAGUGAGACAACGUGAAAAAGAGGUCUUAGCUGUUAAUAGUUCAAUCCGGGAACUAAACCAUUUAUUUAAAGAUGUCUCGCAAAUGAUCGUAGACCAAGGAAGUGUGUUGGAUAGAAUCGACUACAACGUCGAGCAAGCAACGAUCCGCGUCGGAAAAGCCGUGCAGAGCGUCGAAAAAGCCGAGCGAUACCAAGGAAAAGACAAGAAAAUGCACUGUAUUUGCUGCCUAGCUGCUUCUAUUAUCGUUGUAUUGAUGCUAAUUAUGCUUAAAAAGUCGAUA